AUGGGUAACAACUCCAGCAAGAGGCAUUUGGAGAAGGAGACUGCUGCAAGUGAGGAGCGAACCUCUGGUCACGAUUUCCUUGUCGGACAUGUUUACAGGGGUGUGGAGACAUUGGGAAAGGAACUUUUUAUGUAUUUUGAUCAGAAAGCCUUGAGGAUUCACUUUGGUAUGAAUGGUUCCAUGCGGAUUAAUCCCGACAGAAGCAAUGACAGAAAUGGAGCAACACCAGUUUUGGAGAUACAGCUUACAGAGGAUACUGUUUGUUUUUUUGAGGUGACAGUAGAUUAUAGAAAUGCAGCUGAGAGCGAGCGGAAAGUGAGAAGGAUGGAAAGCUUGGAUGUCUGUUCUCCAAAGUUCAGCUUCUUCAGAGCACAAAGUGAGAUCAAGCAGCAGAAAACCCGGAUGCUGUGUGACGUGUUACUGGAUCAAUCGGUAUUGCCUGGAGUGGGAAAUAUCAUAAAAAACGAAGCACUGUUUGACAGUGGUCUUCAUCCAGCUGUUAAGGUUUGCCAGCUGACCGAUGAGCAUAUACGUCACUUGGUGAAAAUGACGCGUGACUUUACCCUGCUUUUUUAUAAGUGCCGCAAAACGGGGUCUCCCCUCUGGAAACACUACAGGGUAUACAAGCGCCCGGCCUGUGGUCAGUGCAGUGGGAAGAUCACCAUGUGUCGCCUGGGAGAGAACAACAGGAUGACUUACUUCUGCUCUCGAUGUCAAGCGGCAGAUCCCCAGCUGGGCAGUGUUAGCAAACUGCCAACUGGAAAUAGCCUAAUUGGCUGUGCAUAUGGCAGGGGGUCAUGUUCUAAUGAACACGUAGCUCAGAAAUCUGAAGAGGAGUGGACGUGUAUGCGCUGUACCCUGAUAAACAAGCCUUCUGCUGAAAUUUGUGAUGCCUGUUUGACUUCAAGGCUUGAAGCUUAUUUUUCCUUAGUUCCAAAGACAGAGAAUGGUGAAGAUUCUGCAGGAAGCUUAAUGAAGUACCCUUGUAAUGAUUUCCGAAAACCAAGCACAGAAAUAAAGAUCAAUAGGAAAACUGCGUUUGGAACUACAACUCUUGUCUUAACAGAUCUUGGGAACAAAGCUUUUUUGAGAAAUGAUACCCAAGUGUCCAACGGACGCUCUGAGCGUGGUUUUCCAAAACGCAGUUGUCAUGAAAUGCAGAACAACGCCUGCCGGUCAGGGGGACGCGCAGACAAGGAUUGCUCGGCACAUGUGACGGCUGUGGCUUUGCCCUCCUGUCCGCCACCUCUCACCAUCAGACAUGUACAGAAGAAACAGAAAACAGAGCACCUGCCCUCUGUCCACCAGUAUAAUACAGCAAUCAGCAAGCCUCAAGCUGAUACGACAGGCGAUACCCAUCCGUUGAGCACGGGCCAUCCUCGCUGCAGUAAACACAGAUGCCUCUGCAGCCUCAGAGUUGUGAGAAAGGACGGAGGAAACAAGGGCAGGCAGUUUUAUACCUGUCCUCUACCCAGAGAAACUCGGUGUGACUACUUCCAAUGGGCUGACUUGAAUUUUCCAUUUUGUAACCAUGGCAAGCGAAGUGUUAUGAAGACCGUGUUGAAGAUUGGUCCCAAUAAUGGGAAGAACUUUUUUGCGUGCCCUCUUGGGAAGGAAAAGCAGUGUGGCUUUUUCCAGUGGGCAGAAAACGGGCUAGGCAUGCAGGUUAUUCCUUGA